UCCCAUAUAUAUCUUCGUCCGAUUUACAGCCUGUUCCGCGAUAUCUAAAGAACACGUUUGCACAACUUUUACACGAGAAACAGCUGAUUUCCGUUCCACUAAAAUCCAUCAGAACGAAAAUUUGCACGAAAAUCAAAGCGAACGAAAACGUAAGCGUUUCAGUGUAAUUUUGCGUUCCACUAUCUUUUUUCUUUCGCACGCAUGCGAACCCAAAUGUCAAAAUCAGUCACUUCUGUGUUUGCUGUCGUACGAUAACAAUUAAGGAAAAUUGUUUUAACAUAAACAUUGCUUGAUUGAAAUGGAAACAAAAAUCACGAAAAAAUCAUCAACUACACAGCUGCGGGCACUAGUUGAGUAUAUGGAGGAGAAUCCCGAGUUCGCCAGAGGAGUGCCAAUUUUUGAAAGCAGCAGGCAAUUCCUGGAAGACCACUGGAAGAAAUUAGUUUUUAAAUUAAAUACCAUGGUUCCUCCUUCCCGCACAAUUGCAGAGUGGAAAAAGACGUGGGCCGAUCUAAAGUCCCGCACCAAAAAGAAAAUUGCGGAAAAUAAAAAAGGGCUGCAAGGUACAGGUGGUGAUUUAUACCGGUUUGAGUGCUUAACGGAGCUGGAAACAGCAAUUGACCGGACACUCUUCUUGUCGAAGUCCGCAGCACCAAGUGGUAAAACUUUUGGCUACGCGGACGACAUAGAUUACUGCUUCGAGGCAUUGGAUACAACUUCAAGACCUUCCAAGACCGUAGCAGUGGUGACACCUACCAGACAGUUCAGUUCCCCAGAAUCACAUACCUAACAACAACAAAUAAACGUACAAACCUGUACCAUCACAACUCAACAAUACCAACCACCAGCCAAAAGACAAGAAAUCUCACCCCAUCUCUACACACAAACUGCAAAACAACAGACAGAGUCAGUACACACACAACAAACACAGACACAGUCAGCACACACAGACCCAACAGCAACACCAACGUAAACAACCAAUGUCCCCUCGUCAACACAUGGAACAUCAAUCCGUGCAGAAAUCACCCCCAUUCAAAUGCACAUUACAACAUGAUUUUCCAUCCACAUCAUCAGCAAAAAAACGUUCCAACGUCGGAGAGCAAAUACCCCUUAUCCGUCGGCAUUUGCGGCUGGUCGAGCUGGUAAAUGCAAUAGCCAAGGAGCAAGCAGAUGCAAGCAAAAGGAUGGCUGACGCUGCAGAGAGAAUGGCAGAUUGUGCCGAGGCCCAAACAAAAAGGUUUAAGUCAAUAGAAGCAAUUCUAUCAACUUUUUCGCAAGACAA